AUGUUUUCAAUAUUUGAUGCUACUUCCUUCGCAAAUAUUAAUAGGAAACACACCCCUCCUGAAACUCCGCUAGCCACUUUGACCUCAGAGACUGCAGUGGCAGACGUUACCACCACUAUCACCUCCAUGAACGACGCCAAUGCCAACGCUUACACCAAAGGAUCUAAAUCGAGCAAAAUCACUUCAACUCCGGGAGUGUCCCGACACUCGGACUUUAAGCAGAAACAAGUCAAACAGCACAACAUCAUAGGAACAAGGUUCCGUAGCAAGACCGGUUGUUUAAACUGUCGCAAACGAAAGAAGAAGUGUGACGAAACAUCACCCGUAUGCCUAGCGUGCCAAGUGAGGAACCAAGAAUGUAUAUGGCCAGACUUGUCCAAAAAAACUGGCAGUAAGCGGGCACCGAAACAAAGUGGUUCCGCCACAAAGCGAGCACUAACUGCGAAAUCAUCAGCAUACUCGACCACUCAGUCAACAGCGUCAGACAGUCUCAAAUCGUUGCCAACUACCCCAAGCGGUGCAGCGAGCUUAUCACUUUCUACAAAAUCGCCGACACCAAUCUCAUCAUCAGCAUCUCGCACAAAUCUUGUCACUGACCCGGCUUGGAAAUACGAUACGUCAUUGUUAUCGUUUGAUCCAGCACUCUUGAUCACGACGCUACCGAUUUCUUCAACUAGAGAUGAGAUUGAAGGAGCAACUUUUGAGAAAUCGCGGGUGCAAAUGUUGCUGCAAACCGUGCAGAGUGUGCUGGCUGGAUUGGUGGACUUUGAUAACGAACAUGAAGACGCUAUGGAUGAUGUGGGUCAUUUGAACAUGAACGUGUUGUUGACUUAG